AAAUCCAUUAAAAUAGAAGGGGCAUUCGUGUUGUGUGUUUAUGUAAAAAAAAAAUAUAUAUAAUUGUGCCAUAUUUAAUCCAUUUCGUGUAGAUGCAGCAAGUAUAUAAUGUGUUUGUGUGUGCGAACAAGUGGAUUUAAAAAAAAUAAUAAUUACACAGUACUGGAUUUUGUAAUGGAACGAAUACGUGCUGCAUUUUUGAAAAAUAGAACAACAACUUAAAAAUAAAAAAGUGACGUUUUAACAAUAUUGAACCGCCGCAUUAUUUUCAGACAGGGACAACGUUUGAUAAAUGAAUACUGCGUAUCUGUUUAGUUAUACCACAUGCAGUGCUAAUAAUACCAAUAAAACAGUGUUGUUAGACAUGAUCGACUCCGCGGAGUUUCGUUCUUAGCGAGGCCACUGUUAUAAAUUGCCUUGUCUCUGAGAGGUUCAGCAUGGGUCCGAGUUUGCAAGAGAGACCCGCUUCCGCGCUGAAGAAGUGCGUAUCCAAAGAGCAGAACAGAAGCAAAGUAUCAGGCGGAUCAGCACCCAGCUCUAAGAAGGGGAAGGCCAACCAGAAUCAUCGGACCCUGAAAAAGGCAGGUCCACAGCCCAAGCAUGUGACGCCUCAUCAGGGCAAGGACCCAGCACAGGCUGAGAGGGGGACCCAGAAGAGAGGGAACAGGGCCAAACCUGUGAGCACCUCAUUCGCAGAGAGCUCCCCUCUGCUACCUGGAGGCAGAACUUGGCCACCUGGAGCGACAGAGCUGAAGCAGGGCGUUUCUGCCUCCACGGUGAGCAAUAAGGGGAGAGACAACGGGGAAAGCACUGUAGAGUCACCUGGCUCAGGCAGGAACAGGCCCAAAAUGUCUCUUCCGCUGGCCCCUGGUGCCUCUGAACCCUGCCCUGUGUUGACGGAGAGGCAGCAGGUCCCCAGCAUUGAGACCCUGCAGCUGUACGAGGGAGAGGCAGAGGAUGCAGACAGCGCCAGUGACCUCUCAGACUCUGAGAGGCUCCCAGUGCCUCCCUCCCCCUGUUCGCCUCCUCAACUCCACCUGCGGGCCGAGGUCAUCGACCCCAACGACCUUGACCCCUAUUUCCCAGGACCCCGGGGGAACCAGAGUGGCUACAGCUACCCAGACUCCCUGCCUCCUCCCUUCAACACCUGGAGCCUGCGGCAGCUGGCUCUGUUCCUGAACACGGAGGGGCGAUGCGCUCAUCGUCCGCAGCCUGUGGGCCAGCUGGAGAAGUACCUGGAGCGCCUCCUGCAGCUGGAGUGGCUGCAGAUCCAAACCGUUGAGGUGGAGAUCGGCAAAACAACCACCCCCGCCUCUGCCACUGCCAGCGCCCCCGCCAGCCGCCCCAGACCCCACACAGCGCCUGCUUGGUAUCUGAGCUCGCCCAAGAGCAUCCGGCAGUGCCAGCGUGCCUUCCCAACUGCCUUCCUGUCCUGCCUGGGGAAUGGCUCUGCCCCUCGGCUCUCCCGGGCAGCUUGCCCUCACUGCCGGGUCCGCUACCCAUUCUGUAACGGCUCCUGCCGCUCAUACGCAUACCAGCGCCACUCCCGGCUCAAUCCAGUCCAGCAGCGGGGUGGAGGUUUGGAGGAUGCGCAGAAGAGGUGCAGCAGCGAGACGAGGGCUGCUGUUAACAGGGGGAGGGGGGCCCAGACGCAGGGGCAGAAACCAGGGAACCCCUCCCCGCCGAACAGCUACCUGAGGCGCAUGCAGUCCACCGGCAAUAUCAGGAACCCGACACCGUUGGCAGACACCACUGCAAAGCCGCAGGCUGCACAGAGGAAUGGCGGUGUUGGGUCCACAGCUGGCAGGAACGGAAGACGGAGGGGGCCCGCGGUUGGGAAGGCGGGUGAUGUGGAAAGUGGGGUCUCCUUGGGCACUCGUGGGAAUGUGCAUGAGGGAAGUCCCCUGAGGAAAGGUGGCAAUGAGAGGCAGCGGGCCCCAGUAGGGGUGUCGGGCCAGGAUAUCAAACCAGGAGGGUCGUUGGUGGGGAGGAGGGAACCCCCCCCUGUCUCAAAGGGCCCCCCCUGUGCCAUGUCCAAUGGGAAAGUGAAACGCGUCCAGUUCCUUACUAUAUAGCCACUUACCAAACGAUCAGGUUUCCUUCUGCACCCAACACUUGAAGAAAAUGUUUCAACGAUGUGUUCAUUAGCAACUGUGUUCAUUUUCAGUGCUUUCUCAGAAACUGCUCAAUUCAAACUAUUUAAAAUGCUUUUUUUUUAAUGUGCUAAAGCCACAUGUGGUCAAUCAAGAUUUACAGUACAGCAAUUGUGAUUUGUAUCUUUUAUGUAGAGAGAUAAGAUCUCUGCCAGAUCAUACUUAUUAGGGGAGUACAAGCACUGCAUUUAAAUAUAGUUUUAAAAAGUUAAAUAACUUUUUAGAUACAGCAACUAUUUCAAUUUGUAUUAUUACAGUCACGAUGAAGUCUUAUUUAAGCAGUUAGCGUAGUAUGCAAGCUAUUUGCUGCCAGUUCAGUUUUUAAGAGUGAAAUACAGUUAGUUCCCACUUGGUCUGUCACUGAAGGGUUAGUAGGAGCGACGUUUUAUAUAUAUAUAUAUAUAUAUAUAGAGAGAGAGAGAGAGAGAGAGAGAGAGAGAGAGAGAGAGAGAGAGAGAGUUGCAUUGUCCUUUUAAAAGGUUUUGGUUUUUUUGUAAAUAGCAUCUCUACAGAACAUACAGAAUGGACUGUAAUGGUGCAUUAAAAAGUUUUCAUUAACUUUUCUGAAAGUAGGAUUAAUAAUAUCAAUUGUAAUAGACAUGUGUAGUUUUAACAUAAAGCAAAAAUAAGAAUCUAUUCUGUUGUGUCAUGUUGUAUGUUUGUAAACUUAGUAAAGUCAUAUUUCAGGAAUGGAAACUGCCCUCAGUGUAAAGUUAUAAUGUCUGUCGAAGGACUGAAAGAUAUCAAUUGUGAUAGGAAAAAUAUAUUUUGAUGUGUACCGUAAAAUAUUUUGUUGAAAAUGUUGCAAUGAGUUUUCAGGAAGCCGGAUUUUGUCUUUUUAGAAGCUUGAGAAUAUGUCUGAAAGAUGUACUUUUAUAUUGAUUGUUCAGGCAAGAAAUAGUCUUGUUUAUGUGUCUUUCCUACGCAGUGUGAGACUUCUGGUUGAUCACAAUAGGUGCUUGUUUUGUUUAUAAACGUUAAGCUUAGCUGCUGUCUUGGGAACGACGUUACAGAACGUGAUUUAAAGUUUACAUGAACCUUUUUGUUACAAUAAGGUGUUCCAUACGUUGAAUGUAUAUUUGGCGGGUUACUGAAAUAACUUAUUUUUUUAGUGUGUCCUAUCAUUUUAUUUAUUGUAGAACUUCACACACACAUCUUUUGUUACACAGAAAUGAUUCUGAAAAUCGACACACACAAACACAUUUACUAAUAAUUGGUUUAAAUGGGUUAAUUGUAGAGUCCAAAACAAUGUCAGGAUCUGUUUCGUUCAGAACUUCAACCAGCUUCUAUUUAUUCUAGAACAUGUGAUUGUAACCAGAAUUCGUGAGUCAGGGAUGAAACGAAAAUGUGUACCUCAAGCGUUUGAAGGUUGUAUUGUGUAUUUGCAAAUACUGUAUUUUAUGGGGUUUUUUGUUGUUGUUUUUCAAUAAAUCUGCCUAUUGUAAAGCA